AUGAGGUGGAGCAAAGGGGAGCAAUCAACUGCUUUGGCUACUGCUACUGAUUCUACCUUGCAGGAACUAUCUGAUUGGAAUAGUCGAUAUCACGAGAAGUUUGGAUUUGUUUUUCUCAUAUGUGCCUCUGGGAGGAGUACCCCUGAAAUACUUGCUGAGCUGAAGCGACGUUACCAAAACAGGCCUCUAGCUGAGUUUGAGAUUGCAGCCGGGGAGCAAAUGAAAAUAAUUGAACAACGUCUUGCCAAGCUUUUUUCGACUAAAGCAGAGGGUGCUUCAACAACUAAUGCUCAAGAUAUUGCAACAAAAGCUGGAGAAGAUCGUGUGAGCAUCAUUGGAGCACAUCUGACCACUUCAUCUGAGGCUCCUGUGGCAAAACCAGCGGGAAUUCCAGUUAGGACUCGACCGCCUAUCACAACUCAUGUCUUGGAUGUUGCUUGUGGAUCUCCUGCGUCUGGUAUUGAUGUACGAUUAGAGAUGUGGAGAGGCAAUCAAGCCUGCCCAACAUUUGGUGAGAAUGAAACAGGCAAUUGGGUGUUUCAAGGGUCUUCAACCACCGACAAAGACGGACGAAGCGGUCAGCUGAUGAGUAUAGUUGAUGCUUUGAAUCCAGGGACAUACCGGAUAAGUUUCAAUACGGGAAAAUAUUCACCAGGUGGUUUCUUUCCUUUUGUCUCUAUUGUGUUUGAAGUUAGGGAGUCGCAAAAGUGGGAACAUUUUCAUGUUCCUUUGUUGUUUUCACCGUUCUCUUUCACCACUUACCGUGGAAGCUAGAAUUUGUGUCUAGUCGUUGGCAAAUGAAACGUAUACAAUUUGCAUAUUUAUCCAUAUUUAUACUGUAUAUGUAAGUUUGGAUGUGUUUGUGUUUGUUUUUUUUUUGAAAGUUCUAAUGCAUGGACAAAAGUACCCUUGUCUGAAAAUAAUUUUAAUGCAUGAUGAAAAGUGUUGUAAGUCUGGCUUAUGGAA